AUGGCGACCGUCGCAGAGAAUGGUCACGCCGUGACCGAUGAGAAUGCCGCCCCCGCGGUCGCUGCUUCCACCGAUGAGAUCGUCACUGUCUUCCACAAUCCCGAGAACUUCAACGUCAAGCACCCUCUUAUGCACGAGUGGACGCUGUGGUUCACCAAGCCUCCCAGCGGCAAGGGCGACAACUGGAAUGAUCUGCUGAAGGAAGUCGUCACAUUCAGCUCCGUCGAAGAAUUCUGGGGCAUCUACAACAAUAUCACUCCGACUUCCGAACUCGGUCUUAAGGCCGACUAUCACCUCUUCAAGAAGGGCGUACGACCCGAGUGGGAGGAUCCCCAGAACAAGCACGGUGGCAAGUGGUCAUACCAAUUCAAGGACAAGCGCUCCGUCCCGAUCGACGACCUGUGGCUGCACGCACAGCUGGCCGCCAUCGGCGAGACGCUCGAGGCCGACGCUGAUAACGAGGUCAUGGGCGUGGUCGUGAAUGUGCGCAAAGGAUUCUACCGAGUUGGCCUGUGGACUCGCACCGUGGGCAAGAGCAUCCCCGGCGACAAGAACGCCCGUACACCGGCGCAGGGCAAGGAUGUGCUGGAGGCCAUCGGUCGGCGGUUCAAGGAGGUGCUCCGCCUUAAGGAGGCGGAUGUUGUCGAGUUCUCCGGCCACACCGACAGUGCACACAGCGGCAGCACCCGCGCAAAGGCCAAGUACACCGUCUAA